GAGCCGCCGGGGAGGAGCCCCCGGUGCCAGCCCUGCCCCCGGCCCCGAGCGCGGCCCCCGGCGGGGCGGGGACAGGCCCGGCCCCGCCCCUCCCGCCUGCCGGGCCGGAAGGGGCGGGGCCGGGCGUGACGUGGCGGGAUGGCGGAGUCCUACGUGAAGCCGGGGAACCAGGAGCGCGGCUGGAACGACCCCCCCCAGUUCUCGUACGGGCUGCAGGCGCAAGCCGGGGGCUCCCGCCGGACCCCGCUCACCCGCCGGGCCCCCGCCCCGCCCGCGGGGGCACCCCCAGGUGCCCCCGCGGACCCGCCCAGUGCCCCCGCCGACCCCACAGCGCCGCCGCCCCGGGCGCUGGGGCCACCCCCGCUGGGCUCCGCCGGCGCUGCCCCGCGGGCCGAGGGCCGGGCGAGCGCGGCGUGCCCGGAGCAGGAGCAGGAGCAGUGCAGCGUGUCCGCCGACACCGUCCUUGCCCCGCUGCGGGCAGCCCUGGACGCCUGCCGGGCCACGGUGCAGAAACAAGUGUGCAAUGACAUCGGGCGGCGGCUGACAGUGCUGGAGGACGCCUGGGCUCAGGGGAAGCUGUCGGCACCAGUGAGGAAGAGAAUGAACCUCCUGGUGCAAGAGCUCCAGCAGCAGCACUGGGACGCGGCUGAUGAGAUCCACCGCUCGCUUAUGGUGGACCACGUGAACGAGGUGAGCCAGUGGAUGGUGGGCGUGAAGCGCCUCAUCGCUGAGAGCCGGGAGCUGCCCAGCGCAGAGACGGGCGGCAGCGCCGGCACCGAGCCCGCGACAGAGCCCGCGACAGAGCCCGUGACCGAGCCCGCGACUGCACCGGAGCAGGAGGAGCCCUGACACGGGGACGGGGCUGUGGACUGUGAGCGGGACAGCCCCUGCCCAGGGCCACCGGCAGGAACAGGGCCCCUGCUACUGGAGGGAGUCUGGGCACCCCCUCUGCCUCCCAAUCCUCAUCCAGGAAAAGGGGAUUUUAAUCAUUGCGACAUUUUAGUGGCGAUUCAUUAUGUUUAAUAAACGGCACCAACCUGCCCCCUC